GCAACAGGACAGUGUCAUCAUGUUGGUUGGUUCUAUUUCUGCACAAACUGCUGCAGACGAAGAAAUUCAGAAGAUUUGUGACAGCAUGAAGCCUGACGCUGAACUGCAAGCAGAGAGGAGCUUUGACGUUUUUACAGCCAAGAUGUACAGGAAGCAGACCGUGGCCGGGACCAAGUACUUCAUUAAGGUCCAUGUGGGAGGAGAGGAACAUGUUCACCUCAGUGUUUACAAACCAUUAAAUCAAGGAGGCAUACUUGUGCUGAAUACAAUACAGCAAGAGAAGCGUGCCGAGGACCCUAUCAACUUCUUCUAAAAGGACCACAGACAUACUGUUUACGUACUGUAGACCAUACUGACAGG